UGUAAAUAAUUUGAAGAGUUCGCUUGUGUCUAAUUAAAAAAACUGAAAAAUGGAGGAGGAAGAAAUUGUAGGUUGCAUCAGUUGCAUGAGCAGCAACGAUUUAUGCGACCUGUUUGCUGUUUAUUCAGAAAAUGAGGAUACUUACGCGAAAAUGUUCGAAACUUGUUUUGAUAUAAAGGUCGCAAAUGGCAUGAAAUAUUUAUGUUCAUAUUGUGUUGAAAAAUUGGAAGCGGCUGUUUCAUUUAAAGAGCAGACUAUUAAAAACAUGGCUGUCAUACAAAGUAUUAAAGAGGAAGAGUACUUAGACGAAGCCAUACUGGAGGAGGCUGACUCCCAAACAGCUGGUCCUAACAGAAUCCAAAUUCAUAAAAAGGAGCCUGCGGACAAUGACUACAAUGAUGAUAUAGAUGAAGAGCAUGCAAUCCAAGCACUGGACGAGACGAGCUGCAUCUACUGCAACCUGCAGUUCGGAACAGUGGACGAGGUUCACGACCACAUCAGGAACAUCCACGAGUUGGAGCCAAGGACUGGGCAGAAGCUGAGAGAGUGUGCACUCUGCGGUAUAUGCAUGAGGGAUCCUGCUGACCACCUGAACAGGUGCCACGGCGUGAAGUCGGAGUCGGGGGGCAGACAGUAUCCUUGUCACUUCUGUGACAAUAUCUACAACAGCAAGAAGGCGUGCUUCACCCACCUCCGGAUGAAACAUGGAUUGAAGCUAUGCAACGACCAAACGCCAAAGUACACGCCCCGGGAACGUAAGAAAUGCCAUAUGUGCAACCGCGACUUCAGCCAGAAGCAGAUCCUGAACAAGCACCUGUGGAAGGCACACGGGUUCGAGGUGGAGAAGCGGAAAGCGUUCACGUGUCCGCUGUGCGACGAGCGCGUCAGCUACGGUUCCCACUUUAGCGCGCACCUUCUGCACGAGCACACGCUCACUGAGCAGGUGGAACAGCUCGAGUUCUACAGCAUGGACGACUUCAUGCUGUUCAAGAGUGCGGUACAGGAAGAGACGAAGUAUCGGUUCAGGAAGACGACAGCCAGCAAACAAACCAUAGAGGGCAUCAGGUCGCAUUACAUGUGCAGCCAAUCCGGCGUCUACGUGUAUCAGGGCAAAGGUAAAAGGCCAGCCCCCGAGCGCCAGAUCUACAAGACGGGCAAGGCGUGCCCGGCGCACAUGAUAGUGACGGAGACCCUGGACCGGGUGCUGGUCACGUUCUACAAGACACACGUGGGCCACGGACCAUGCCCUUACUUCGAACCGCGGGAAUCGAAAAAACAAAGACUAGAAACGUCCGAACAAGAAAUACUGGAGAAUGGGGUCAAGGAAGAGAACGACGGCAUGGACUCGUGGAUAUGUGACGCGUGCGGCAUGGGUUUCCUGGACAGGGGCAAGUUCAACGUGCACGUGGCCAGCCAUAGGCUGAAGAUGUUCCCGUGUCAAUAUUGUGAGGAGGAUUUCCAAGAACUAGACGCCUGGACGUGUCAUGUUCGAACGGAACACAAUAUGGCGAGCUUGUUUUAGUGAUAAGUUAAUAUUUAGUUAUUUUUAGACGUGGGUAAUAUAUAGCAAUAUCAAUAUAUUUUAGUUACAAUAUCUGUAUACUGGUCCCAUAACGGAUACGUUAAUAGUACAUUACUGCAGCGGCCAGCAACUGAGGCAUUGACGGACGAAUGUGCAAAAGUGGGCCUAGGCGUAGCCGAGGCACACAUACGUGAAUCUAUCAAUGCCUAGUUGUGGCCAAGGCUUUUAUAGUACUUUUCUCAAACAAUGCGCGGAAAUCAAAAACACAAUUUUACUUUUUAAGUUCAAUGACGAAUAACGAACAGUAAUAAUUUUUUACGCGCCAUAAUGUUCCUUUGUUUUUUUAGUAUAUAUAUAAUUUUCUCUUUGUAAUUUCUCUUUGGCUGAUGGCUUUCGCCAAAGUCACAAUAAAUGAAAAAAAAAAGUCUCUUUGCAAGCCAGUUCGAAAUUUAAAUAAAACUUUGUAUUGGUUACCUCCUUGGUAGCCAUGUUUCGAAGUAAAAGGUCAUUCUAUUUUUAAAUUACAGGACAGAUAUGAGUUUACAUAGUAAUUUAUCUGGCCGCAAAACACGACAUAUGGAUUUUCAUACAACUUUUGCCGGCCGCUGCCCGCAUGUAUCUGGCCAGUACGGCAAUUUUGAUUUAUCUCUGAGAAGAUUGUCAAAAUAAUGCUCACAUUUCCAAGCAUGUUUGAGAAAAAGUUUAUUACUGAAAAAAAUAAUAUUGCAUAACACUUUUAACAUAUUCGUAAAUAGAUAUCCGACCGAUAUGGGCGAUGACCUUUUUCCCGCCAUUAGUGUCCAGAGAAACCCAAUAUAUAGAUAUCGGAUCGGAAUCCAUAUUACUCAUGCCUAAUGAAAAGUUACUUAUUUUAUCAGAACAUAAGAACAUGUUUAUUUGUGGAUAUGUUGUUUUUAUUUUACAAAUUGAAUUCAAAUAGUUUAGCACGAACAUCAGUGGAAUAUUUUUGUUUUCAAAGUUCUUUUUUUAUU